AUGGCAUUUAGAAAAAAAAGUGAAAUAUGGAACCAUUUUGAUUUUCAAGAAGAGGAUAAUAAAGCAAAAUGCAGUUAUUGUUCUUCUUUAAUCAAUAUUUCGAAAGGGUCCACUGGAAAUCUUACGAGACAUAUGCGUACAAAGCAUGUUAGUAUUCCUAUUUAUAGGGAUAAAAAUGUUUUAGAGUCAGUACCACUUGAUAAUAAUAAUGAUAAUAAUUCCAAAUCAGAAGAGCCUAUGGAAAAUAAAAAUGAGAUGUCUAAUGCUAAUAUUCCGUCUGUUUUUAAAAUACCAAAGAGACAAGAAUAUAUGGACAAAUUCGUAAUGAAUGUUAAACCUGUAUCUAUUAAUAGAUCUAAGCAAUUUGAUGAGCAGUUGUUACGUAUGAUAGUAAAGGAAUACCAUCCCUUUUCAAUUGUUGAAGACAAUGAGUUUAAAAAAUUUAUUAACAUGUUGUGUCCCGGAUAUUCUUUACCUAGUCGCAAAACUGUAACAGAUACUUUAAUGCCUAAAAUGUAUAAUAAAAUUAGAGAUACUCUUAAACACAGAAUUAGCCAUGCUUAUGCAGUAUGUAUAACUACAGAUAGUUGGACAUCUCUAAAAAAUGAAAACUUUACAGCAAUAACUGCACAUUGGCUAGUUGAUAACGAAAAAGACGGACUAACGGCAUGCUUUGGUUUAUUAGAUUGUAUUGUUUAUAGAGAGAGGCAUACCGCUGAGAACUUGUCUGAACUUCUGCAAACGAAAAUUAAUGAAUGGGGCAUCCAAAAUAAAAUUGUUGCUGCCGUUAGUGACAAUGCUGCUAAUAUCGUCGCGGGAAUAAGACAUGCCAACUGGCGCCAUAUAGGUUGUUUUGCGCACACAGUAAACCUUAUUGUUCAAAAGGGCCUUAAAAGUAAUGAACACACAGUUAAUAAAAUCAGAAAAGUUGUAGAAUUUUUUAAAAGAAGUUCUCAUGGCUUAGCAAAGGUAAAUCAAAUACAAGAACAAAUGGGUUUGCCAAUUUUGAAAUUAAAAAUUGACGUGAGUACUAGAUGGAAUUCUACAUUUGACAUGCUGAAUAGAUUUUGUCAGAGAAAAGAUGCUGUUAUUUCAACCUUAGCUAUACUUCAACACGAAGUAACUUUAAAUGCCACAGAUUGGGAAGUAGCAAACCAUGCUAUUGUUAUACUUCAAGUUUUUAAUGAUGUAACCAGUGAAAUAAGCGCCGAGAAAAACAUAGCUGUCUCAAAAAUAUUUCUUUUGCAUAAUGCUAUGGACAAUCAUGUACGCCAAUGUAAGGCCACAAUUCUUUUGGAAGAACUACAACCAAUGAUGGACGUUUUGCUCAACGAAUUAGCUUCGCGAUAUAAAAGUUACGAAAAUAAUGAACUUAUACAACAAGCUACUCUUCUGGAUCCACGCUUUAAAAGAUAUGGAUUCGUGGACACAAAUAAAGCCAACCUUGCCAUCGAAAUAAUGAAAAACAAAAUAAAACACCAAAAAGGUGAACAAUUAGGUGCAUUAGAAAACGAAAAACAAGAAAUUUUAAUAAUUCAGACAAAAUCUAGUAGCAGCAGCAGCAGUAAAUCCUUACUUUGGAAAAACUUUGAUGAAAAAGUGCAAAAAAUAAAAACUCCCAAUAAUCCGACUGCAGCUGCUAUUGUUGAAGUUGAAAAAUACUUGAAUGAGCCUCUUAUUGACAGGCACGAAGAUCCACUAUUGUGGUGGUUUCAAAGAAAAAACAUUUAUCCGACUCUAUAUGAACUGGUAAAGAAAAGACUAUGUAUUAUGCCUACAUCAGUGCCAUGCGAAAGGAUUUUUAGCAAAACUGGUCAGAUAGUGACAGAAAAAAGAAAUCGACUGCGAAGUUCUAAAACAAGUGAAAUUAUAUUUUUACAUGUAAAUCUUUAA